GAUCUGAAGAAAUUGGCAACGUGGGACUCUGAGAAAGGACUGAACGGUAGCCUACAAGAACGACGUCUGGGCAAUGACUUGCAAGGAUUGACACUCAAAGUGGUGACUGUCUUGGAAGAACCUUUUGUGAUGGUGGCAGAAAACAUACUUGGGCAACCAAAACGAUAUAAAGGAUUUUCCAUUGAUGUCCUGGAUGCACUUGCCAAGAAUCUGGGCUUCAAGUAUGAGAUAUAUCAAGCUCCUGAUGGUAAAUAUGGACAGCAGCUCCAAAACAGCUCCUGGAACGGCAUGAUUGGAGAACUCAUUAACAAGAGAGCAGACCUAGCCAUCUCAGCCAUCACUAUAACACCAGAACGAGAGAGUGUUGUGGACUUCAGCAAGCGGUACAUGGAUUAUUCCGUGGGGAUCUUAAUCAAAAAGCCUGAAGAGAAAAUCAACAUCUUCUCUCUCUUUGCUCCUUUCGACUUUGCGGUGUGGGCUUGCAUUGCUGCAGCCAUCCCUAUAGUUGGUGUCUUGAUAUUUGUCUUGAACCGGAUCCAGGCAGUCAGGGCACAGAACGCUUCCCAGCCAAGCCCUUCUGCUUCCUCCACCCUCCACAGUGCCAUCUGGGUCGUAUACGGCGCCUUUGUUCAGCAAGGGGGUGAAUCUACUGUCAAUUCUGUGGCUAUGCGCAUUGUAAUGGGAAGCUGGUGGCUCUUCACCCUUAUCGUGUGCUCUUCCUACACAGCAAACUUAGCAGCAUUUCUCACAGUAUCAAGGAUGGAUAAUCCCAUAAGAACAUUUCAAGAUCUGUCCAAACAAAUGGAUAUAUCUUACGGUACAGUCAGAGAUUCAGCAGUGUAUGAAUACUUUAAAGCAAAAGGGACCAACCCUUUGGAGCAGGAUAACACAUUUGCUGAACUGUGGAGGACUAUCAGUAAGAAUAAUGGGGCGGAUAAUUGUGUAUCGAACCCUUCUGAAGGAAUCAGGAAGGCAAAGAAAGGAAACUAUGCUUUCCUGUGGGAUGUGACGGUGGUGGAAUAUGCCGCAUUGACAGAUGAUGAAUGCUCUGUGACAGUCAUUGGAAACAGCAUCAGCAGCAAAGGAUAUGGGAUAGCACUCCAGCAUGGAAGCCCCUACAGGGAUCUUUUCUCCCAGAGGAUCCUAGAAUUGCAAGAAAGCGGAGAUUUGGAUGUUCUUAAACAGAAAUGGUGGCCGCGGAUGGGACGUUGUGACCUGAAUAGCCAUACCAAUGCACAGACAGAUGGGAAGGCACUCAAGCUUCACAGUUUUGCAGGCGUUUUCUGCAUUUUAGCAAUAGGCCUUCUUCUUGCAUGCUUGGUGGCAGCAUUGGAGUUGUGGUGGAACAGCAACCGUUGUCAUCAAGAAACACCGAAAGAGGUCCAUAACUUUUAUUCUUAUCACAAUUAA